GGACGGAACGAAAAAACUCCUUUUACGCUGAUUUUGUGCUCUGUUUUUUAAUUGUUGUUGGCUUCUAAUUUUUUUGCCUCCUGUUUGGGGUUUUUUUGGGGGUUCUUUUUGUUGAGGCUUUUUUUUUUUUUUUUUUUUACUCCUUUCCCCCCCUUCCCACCCCAUACAUUUGAUUUGAUUUGAUUUGUUUAUUUCUGUGGGACUUUGGAGGAAACCUGCCCAGCUUCUAGCAUGAUGUCUUACCUUAAACAGCCCCCUUACGGCAUGAACGGGCUGGGGCUGACGGGCCCCGCCAUGGACCUGCUGCAUCCCUCCGUGGGGUACCCGGCCACCCCACGGAAGCAGAGGCGGGAGCGCACCACCUUCACCCGCUCGCAGCUGGAUGUGCUGGAGGCACUCUUCGCCAAGACCCGCUACCCUGACAUCUUCAUGCGGGAGGAGGUGGCCCUGAAGAUCAACCUGCCCGAAUCCCGAGUUCAGGUCUGGUUCAAGAACCGCCGUGCCAAGUGCCGGCAGCAGCAGCAGAGCGGCAGCGGGGCCAAGAGCCGUCCGGCCAAGAAGAAAUCCUCGCCGGCUCGCGAGAGCUCGGGUUCGGAGAGCAGCGGGCAGUUCACGCCGCCGGCAGCGGCCUCCAGCUCAGCCUCUUCUUCCUCCUCCAGCUCAGCCUCGUCGGCCCCGGCGGGCGCCCCGGCUUCUCUCAGCACCCCGGCGUCGUCCAUCUGGAGCCCGGCUUCCAUCUCUCCUGGCGCGGCACCGGCAGGUGUGACGGUGCCUGAGCCCCUGCCGCCGGCUGCUGCGUCCUGCAUGCAACGGGCCGGCCCCGCUGCCGCUGCCGCCUCCGCCAGCUACCCCGUCUCCUACGGCCAAGGCGGGGGGUACGGGCAGGGUUACCCCGCGCCGCCCUCCUCGUCCUAUUUUGGGGGCGUGGAUUGCAGCUCCUACCUGGCGCCCAUGCACUCCCACCACCAUCCUCACCAGCUCAGCCCCAUGGGGCCCUCCUCCGUGCCCGGCCACCACCACCACCACCCGCUGAGCCAGAGCUCGGGCCACCACCACCAUCACCACCACCACCACCACCAUCAGGGUUACGGCGGCACCGGGCUGCCCUUCAACUCCUCCGACUGCCUGGACUACAAGGAGCCUGCCGCCGCCGCCUCCUGGAAGCUCAACUUCAACUCCCCUGACUGCCUCGACUACAAGGACCAGGCGUCCUGGCGCUUCCAGGUCUUGUGAGGGGCCGACCACCAUUCCCCCAAGUCGCCACGUACCCCCCGCCCAGGGUCUCCCUGCCGCCUCUCAGGCAGGACUCUGGCUCCGGCUCUUCCUCCUCCUCCUCCUCCUCCUCCUCCCCCCUAUUCGUUAGCAAUGGCGAUGCCCCAGGGAGGGGUCCUGCCACCCCCAUCUCUACUGACUGAUAUUUAUUUGCUUCCUGCACCCCUCCAGUGGGUUUAUUAUAAUUAUUAUUUUUUUAAACACAACAGAAGAGGAGUUUAAAAAAAAAAAAAAAAAAAAAAAAGAGCCUAGCGUCCCCCCUGCUGCCCCCCCGGGCAGAGGCGCAGGCUGGCUCCUGCCCUGCCGGUGCCCCCUCCACUUCUUGCGGGGUGCCUCACCCCCCACCCCGGGUGCAGGAGCCCCCGGCUUGCCGGUCCUGUACAGCCUCUUGCUGCUGGGAGCGGCGGGAACGAUGUAAAUACUAGGUCCGUUCCAGUGACCGUGAUUAUUUUUAGUUGAUGCUGUUGGGUUGGCAUUUAUCUAGAGUCUAACAUGGAACAGAACUUUAAAAAAAAAAAAAUUUUUUUAUUUUAAUUUUCU